AUGAUGCACUUAUCUGGGUUACUAUUACAGGAUCGGUGUAAUGUUUUAUUUACUGAUGUUGGCGUCGAAGAUCUUACAAAAGUUCCUAAGGGGUCGGUUUAUGACACCACUGCAUAUGUUACUGAGGGCGAUAAUUGGGUUAAUGAACAGACAGAUCACAACGAGGAGUAUACGCUUGUGCUAAAGGACCCGGCAGCAGGGAAUAUUAUGCUCAACCGGUUAAAUGCGUUUAGAAGAAAUCGUGAGCUCUGUGAUGUGGUUUUUUUUGUAGACGAAAAGGAGAUUUUGGCGCAUAAGGUUGUUUUGGCUGCUCUAUCUCCAGCUUUGCUCGAUCUGUUUAUUCGCGAAGGUUGUGACGGAUCAGUAAGUAAUUCUCCACCUCUAAACGCGGUUGGAACUAAACAACUACCGCAUAAGAAAAACAGCGUUCCUUUCCCAACGUCUCCUGUUUUGUCUACAUCCAUGUUAAUAGUACCUUCCAAACAGCCUUUGUCGUACUUUGAGUUUACGCAAGCUGAUUAUACGUGUUUCGAGGCGCUUGUAAAUUUUGCUUAUACCUCAAGCUUAGAAAUAAGCAGCAAGAAGGUUGGAGAGCUGUACAAAACUGCUUUUUUAUUACAAAUGACUCCAGUCAUCAAAGCAUGUGCUCAUUUCCUUGCUCAGAAUCUCAAUGUUUCAAAUUGUAUAGGAAUAAGGAAACAGGCAAAUUUCAAUAACGAUGUCAUGUUAGUCGGAAAAGUCGACUCUUUCAUUUCGGAUAACUUUCAGCAAGUAAUUGAUGAAAGUGCAGAUUUUACCCAAUUACCAUGUAUAAAGGCGCGGAUAAUUGUGAACCUUGAAGAUGUGAAGGGCAGAUUUGGUCUGAAUUUAACGGAAAAGGCUCUUCAAUAUUUUCAAAGUUUACCUACUUACUCCGAUCGUGUCGAACAAGUUAUAGAACAACUUUCUGAGAAGGCCCACUUACUUUACUUGGAAGAAGAUCAAACUUUGCAAGACUGUGCGGAAAUGGAUGAUCGGAGCUCCGUUGGGUCGUGCGAUAUAAUACAGGAUUACAAAAAAAGUGGUGGAUAUCAGUCACGCUCAAAUGGAGGGUCUUCUUUAAGUGCUCCUCCUAUACAGCAUCAUGUUGUGGGGGCUAAACCGGUACACCUAAAUUCAAGUCGUCUGAGUAAUAACAGAUAUUCAUCUUCUGAGAGCUUAAAUUCAGUUUCGAGUACAACCAGUGACAUGGACGAAGAAAUACAGAGCAAACUUAUUGCGGUCCACCAAACCUCUGGAGAUUUUUGGGUCGCGCUUUGUGUACUUCAUCGGAAGCUGGUUACCAUGAGCCUGCAGUUAACUGAAAAUGACGAUAUUGUGCGAACUAAUCGAAAUAAUUUGUGGAAUGGCAUUGAUGCUAAGCAAUCUGCAGAUAUACAACAACAAAGCAUUAAUCAAGAAAAGGCAGCCCUUCUGGCUAGGAUUGUUACCCCGGGUACUGAAAGAAUGCCACUGCCCUCAAUGUUUGAUGCUCGAUGCUCUGUUGGGGCUGCUUUCAUCAAUGGGAAGAUCAUAGUUUGUGGAGGUUACGAUCGUGGAGAAUGUUUGAAAUCAACCGAAGAGUAUGACGUCCUCAGAAGUGAAUGGCGACAUCUGCCUGAUAUGCUUUGUGAAAGAGGACGUUUCGAUGCUGCUGUUGUAGGAGGGAUUUUGUACGCAGUUGCAGGAAGCAAUGGAAACAACGAUUUAAAAACUGCAGAAUGUUACGAUCCGAAGAGUGAAAAGUGGACCUUGAUAAAACCUCUAAAGCAGGCAAGAAGUCAUAACGGUUGCGCUAGUCUAGAUGAAAUGGUCUAUUGUAUUGGGGGAAGUUCAGAACAGACAGUGCUGAAGGAAUGUGAAAGAUAUGACCCAGUAAAAGACGAGUGGUGUGAAAUUCCUCCGUUGCAGACUGCUAGGUUUCAGACCGCAUGUACCAACUGGCGAGGAAUGAUCAUUGCGUGUGGCGGUUGUGAUCGUUGGACGUGUCUGGACACGGUCGAAGCAUAUGAUCCUAAGACGGAUGGUUGGAAGGCAUUACCGAAAUUGAAAACUCCUAGAAGAGGUUGUGCUGUCGCUGUCGUUAGAGAUUCACUGUAUGUCAUCGGAGGUCACGACGGUACACAGUCUUUGAGUUCUGUGGAAAUAUUAGAUCACCCGAGUGCCCAGUGGAGGCUUGGUCCAUCCUUGUUGGGGCCGCGGGCAAAUACUCAUGCUGUAGUGACUGCUGGUAGUGCAAUUUAUGUGAUUGGGGGCUUUGAUGGUACGCAGUUCCUUUCCUCAAUGGAAGUACUUGAUAGUGAAUCACUUGGAUGGAGAAGUUGGCAGCAAAAAAGGACAAGUUUGAAGUCACAGAGUGGUGCUCCAAUCACAGAAGAGGAUGAGGAAGGUGAUGACACAGCAGUUAAUUCCCAGUCAUGA